AUGAACAAUACCGUUGAAUAUUCUAAAGCUUCUAAAGCUUCUCGCGAAGUUGCUGAAAUACGUGACGUACCGGAAUCACAUUAUGUAUGUCAGUGGUGGAUUCAACAGUUUCAAGGAGUAGAAAUCGAAAACAAUUGCAAGACGUUCUGUCAAUUUAAGAAAAAACAUCGUGAUCAGAUUAGAUGGAAUAAUGCAUUGUUACCAUUUCGACGUUCGGGUUUAUGGAUGACUAUCAAAGUAGCCUUUCAAACAAUUCUAACCAAACAUUUGGGAAACGUUGGUACUCUCGUUUAUAAAUUAUUAAUCACUCAUUUUCUUACACAUGUUAUUUUCAUGAGACCAAGUUCGACUGAUUUAUUAGUUCAUUGCAUUCGCAAAAUCGUACGACGAUUGGAUAAAAUUGAAGGUUUAAUUUCGUCUACAAAUUUGAAUGAUCUGAACAAAUGGGUCCAACAUACCAAACAAGAAAUACAAAUGAAGAUUGAUCAGAUUCUUCCAAAGCCCGAUUGGCAGAAACUUAUGCAGACUGAAGAAGAAACCAAUCAAAAACUGUUCAUGAAUAAGUUUAAACUAGACAAUUCUGACAUUUAUCAACAUUUGUGUCUAGAAUUAACAGCUUAUUUGAAUAAUCAGAAUUCGAACGAAACAUCUGGUCUUUUUUCAGGUGUCAAUAAUUAUGACGAUUUCACUAAUGUUAAUCAAACAGACCAUAUACCAUCUUAUGAUGUGCUAACAAAAAAAUGGAAUUAUACUAUUGGAAUAUCCUUGACACGUAUGGACAUUUGGGUUGAAUCAUGUUUAGAACAAUGGAUCAAUCAUCCAUCACUAUUCAUAAAUGGAAAGAAUCGUUUUGAAAUUUUAUUACGCUUCUAUGAAGAUUAUCAGAGCGUAGCACUCAAUCAUUAUUAUUCCGAAAAAGGUCCAACAGAUCCAAUGGGUUAUAGUCGAUUCAUUUUAACGUCUUUAACGAUUAUUCGUUCUAUGCACCGAAAGCUAUGUAGUGAUCCAAGAUUUGAGCGACUAAAACUACAUUCUAUUCAUAUUCCUAAUCUUAUGAAUCUGUUCGAAUUUUUGAUCUUACCAAAUCAAGAAGAUAUGAUUAGAGCGCGUAGUCUAUAUAAUUAUUUUAGUGAAUUCAAUCAAAAACAAUAUCCUGAUAUUUUAACAAAUAUAGAGUCUGAGAAUGCAUUUGGUGUAUAUUUCGCCAAUCAAAUACCGGGGAUGAACGAAAGUAUACGGGAAAUUAGGGCUCAGGCUGAACGAGAUAAACAACAAAAAAUAAUAGAAGUAAAUAAUGCCAAAGAAAGAUAUAGGCAACUUAUGAAUUCAAUAAGUGGUCGUUCUUGUCAAUGCUAUUACAAUGAAUAUAAUAAUUUUGAGACAUGUUACAGAUGUCGAAUUCAGCAACAAGCGAACGACAUUCAAGUACGCAUUUAUGAAUGUCCAUUACCAUUGAAACAAGAAAGGGCAUUAGCUGUUAUUUUUGAAUUACAAAUGCCCAUUGAAAUUAGAAAUUAUCGUGAUAUCAUCUGGCAAUUUGCGAAUCGUCCUAAUCCACACCCACAGCAUAAUAUGUAUGAAUGGUUAAGUGUCCCUCCUCAUGCCAGCAAACUAGGACCCUACUAUACUGGUCCAAAUAACACCAAAGUGAAAUUAGUAUCUCCCACUAAAUCUGUGACACAAACUCACUAUUCGUCUCCAUCAAUCGCUUCUGCAUCUGUCAACGACUUUUUAUACGAAAAUAGUCUUCAAGUUCAAAUCUCACCAACUAAACCAAUUAGUUUUGAAGAUGAAUGUCGUAUAUUAACGCCUCAGCUUGACCAUUCAGACUAUAAACAGUUACAGUUUACUGUAAAUACUACGCAAUUUGUGCAAAAUCACGUUAUUGCUAAACUGUCUGAUUGUCCACCACGACUAAAAUCCACACAAUUUGUGGAGUUCGGUUCAUUUCGAUCAGGACAUCGUUUACAAUGGUGGAAUCUCUUAACGAUUUUUGAAAUGGACUCCUUGUCCAUUGCUGAGGAAAGUGUUGUAAUAUUGAUUAUACAUUCGAUAUUACAAUAUGGUCCAUUGACAGCAGAUUCGAGGAUCUUGUCUAAUACUUGGUGUCCUGAAUCGCAUGAACAGUUAUUAGAAGAUCAUUUUGUCGAUGAAUUAGUCUCAAGAUUAGAUCAUCAUUUAGAUGAUUGUGAAUUGAAUUGGCAAAAUGAAUUGGUAUUAGUGGUCAUUACAAUGAUUACAAUGAGACUGUUAACUAUUUGCAAAUCAACAAGAGUAGACCAAACUGCUGAUUUAGCUAUGAAAUGUCGUAGAGUUGGUGAAAAAUGGAUUAAUCUUAUUACAGAAAGUAUUCAAACAAUAUCUUCAUCAGCUUUUCAUGAGAUGGAAAAACUUCGUCUUAAAAUGGUAAAUGUCGGCAUUUCUUGUCUCUUAACAUUUUCAACUCACAAAGGCCGAAUUAGUUGUUUAUUAUCAUCGAAUGAACAUAUCAUAUCCUUACUGAAAGCAGCAGCUACAGUUCACGAUAAUAUUAUUCUAAAUAAGAAUCAAUCUAAUAUGAGUAUUUUUAUGAAAAAUAUGAUGACACUUAGUGAACGUAUCUUAGUAAUGAUACAGCCAACACUUGCUGAGUUUCUUCAGAAAACGUCCUAUCAAAGUUUAAAUGAGUUUGCCGCGAUUUACUGGGCAGUUAUCAAAAGGAAAGGUAAUAUGAAUGGAGAAUGGCAAAAACGAAAAAAAGAUUCCCAUGAUGGAUGGUAUGAUUGUCGAUAUGAAUCGAAAUAUAUAUCAAUUGAUUGCAUCCGAGGAACGUUUCUAGUGGAUGAUAUGACCAUAGGAUUUUUACCUGAAAAAAUCACGACCAAUGAAUUAUUCGUACGCGUAUUUGGUUAUCAUAUUUUUGAAGCUCAAGCGGCUGAGGCACCUAACACUUACAUUACCAAACAUUUAUAUCAUGGUGAUGGAAGAGUUCAAUAUGAAUUUCAUUUCAAUGAUCAGACUAAUCGAUUGACAAUUAAUGAACGACACAUACACAAAGAUGAGAUGUUUCAAUUGAUUCCUCAUAAAUGUUUCCAGACUGAAUUACCGGAUACGUUUGUCUCCGAUCAUAGUCAUUGGUGGAAUGCAAAAGACCAAAUAGUCGAAUUUCGACCCGUUCAUUUUAAAGAUGCCGAUUUUUUAGAUAACAAACCUUACGUGCUAUCGUUAACGACCGGGCAUAUUACUACUACCGAAGCAAUUAAUAGACAAAUUUUAGUUAAUCAAUCAUCAACAUUCUUUGACAGUAUGUUCAACCGAUAUUUCAUUCGCCUCGACGAUAAGCCUUAUGUCUAUAUGAUGCGAGAUAACUCAUCUUCAACUGAUAUAAUCAUUCACAUUCGUUUAUCACGAUUAGGGAUUGCUUUCAAAUAUAACGGUAAUAGCAACAUCAUAACAUCUCGUGAAUAUUCAGACAUGUGUAUUGACGAAAAUCAAUGGUUGGGGACAUUAACGGGUUUGCAAUCUGGUCUUGUUUUGUCACCAUCAUCCGUAAAUAAUCAAAAACUGGAACAUUAUCCGUAUCGAAAAUUGAUCGUCCCUUUUGGACAGCUGCAUGCUCAAAAGACAUCAGACUAUACCCAUCAAACUGUAAUUAUACAACGAAUAUCCGAAUCGAAAGACUUUCUUCGUCAUUAUUUUGUUUUUAUUAUGAACGAUCGAUUGCGGAUUCUUCAAUCGACUGACAGUCCCACAGGAUGGCUAUAUUUAGCAUUAUUACAUGCCAUGACUUCUCAUCCCUUACCAGAUCAAUAUACUGGAAUGACUGGAAUGGAGCGUGCUUUCCAGUUAUUAAAUUCGGCCGGUUGUUGGUCUGAUCAACCUUUCGAUGCACUUUCUCUGAAUAUUUUAGCUCAAAUUGCUGCUAUUUCACCGAAGGUCAAUUACUACCCAGAACAUCUCACUUGUAUGGAAAAAAUAGAGUGGCAUUCGAAUGGUUUACCUUAUUCAAUGCAACAUUUCAGUUAUUAUUUGAUAGCAAAAAGAUUAAUUGAAACUAGUCAACAACUGAAUUUUAUGUAUACAACAUCUGUUGCCGCUGAGGUACCGAAAUUAUUUGAAGGAAAAUUAUAUAAUGAAAGAUUGUUGAAAAAACUCUAUUGGGAUUAUCGAGAUUCGUACAAUCCUUUAGCUAGAUUAUCUACACAGAUGGAAGCAGAUAUUCCACGUUAUAAAAAAUCAUAUCAGUCGCCUGUAGAGCAUUGCUCGCACGAGACGAACUACGGUGUUGUUCGUCUCGUAGAUGAUCUAUAUAAUAAUGGAAAUGUCAGUCUUAAAGACUGUUCGAAACAACACUGGUUACCUUUGUCUCAAUGGCUAACUGAUGAAAAUCAACUGAAAACUACUUGGAUUGGUUUAUUAAAAAUGGUUGAUUAUCUCAAGACAUCGACCACUGAUAACAGAAGAGACGAAAUCAAACGAUUUGAAAUGUUAAUAGACUUUCUUCAUUAUAUCUUCAACAAACUUCAAAUUAAACCGUUUUAUUUACAAAUGCUAAAAACAGCAUUGAAAAUGCCUACUAUAUUAUCGACAUUUGUUACAUUUCCUCAAUUUAUUUGUUACCAAAACAUUGAAGAAAUUUCUGUUGUACGAGGACGUAUCAACUUAUCAAGUUACUACAAUUCAUACAAACGAAAUCAAAUUAUAGCACAAAUCGAGAAUUGUUUCUGGACAGAUUCGAAUUAUGAAGAUAGAAAUGAAUUGACAACAUCUACUGAAAAAGCUCAGAUCAACCAGUUAUUAAAGUUUUGGCAAAAUAAUAGAAAACUUCGAUCUUUUUUAGAAUCCGUUCAAAGUCGCAUCUGUUCUGUUACAAUAGAAAAGUUCGAUAUCAAAAUAUCAUAUUAUCCUCAGCAAUUUGCCCUCGAAUUAUUCCAAGAUCACCAUCGAAUACAAAUCAGAUCUGCUAACAAAUCAAUUGAUCAAGAACUAUUACGAAGUACAGAACAAAAAUUUCAUCAUUCUUAUUCAGGACAUUUUAAUAAACCAACAGUAUCUGCUCAAACUGCGGAUCAAAAGAAUGCAUUUCCACAAGCAAUUUUUCCUUCCAUCAACAAUCAAGAUAAUCCUCUCAGUGAAAUUACCAAUUAUUUUCAAAAUCAAUUAGCUGAAAGUUGGAACAAACUUCUGUUAGAUAAACACACUCAAAAAGAAGAUCCUUCAAUUGAAGAAAUUGCCGAAUUUCUCAAGUCUUUACAAGAGGAAUCUACAAAGUUCUGGAAUGAAUUCGUCGAACCCAUCAGAUUAUCUAAUGAACGAUUAUUUAACAUAGGCUUAGUAACAAGAAUUACACCAGCAACUGUCAUGUCUGUUUUCCAAGAACAAAUAGUAAACUCUGUCAAAUCUUUAUCAUUUGUAUUGACUACAGAUCAACGCACAUUACUUGGUGGUAUUCUUGUCAAUUGGACAUUAGAACAACAACUAGAAAGAGCUUUGCAUUUUGCCAUUCAUGAUAAAUGGGAAGAUUUUAAAAAAGAAAUAUCACAUAGACCGCAUUCGAAUUGGAUACCAUCCGAACAUGUUCCUUGGCUAAUCUUAGAAUUAGAAAUGAAUAUAACUAUUAGAGAAAUUCAAAUCAAAGUAGCAAAUCAUAUGAUGAAACCAAAUAUGACAACAGAUAAUUCAACAGUAAAAAGCAUAGUAAUGCAAAUGAAUAUGGGUGAAGGAAAAACAUCAGUCAUUUUGCCAAUGUUAGCUCUUAGUCUAUGUUCAUCUUCUUCAAGUUUGGUUCGUAUUGUAGUACUUAAAUCAUUAUUUCCAGUGAAUUAUCAAUCAUUACGAUAUAAAUUAGGUGGUUUACUUAAUCGACGAGUGUUACCAUUUGCAUGUCGUCGGGAUAUGAAUUUCACCAAUGAACAAAUAAAACAAAUUUUCAACCGUCUCCAACAAGGAUUACACAGUUGUGAUGUGAUAUUAACUUCCCCAGAAGAUAUUCUUUCUUUUGAUUUAUUGACCAUAGAUAAAUGCCGACGAAAUGAAUUUGAUACUAGUCGUUCGAUGUUAACGAUUCAACGAUGGUUAAAAACGUAUGCUCGUGAUGUGUUGGAUGAAUCUGAUGAAAUAUUACAUGUUAAAUAUCAAUUGAUUUAUACAGUUGGUGGUCAACAACAAGUUGAUGGUGGUGCAGAACGUUGGAAAACCAUUCAAUCAAUACUUGAAUUAGUCAAAAAACAUGCUGCCGGUAUCUCAAAAUGUUUCAGUAAGGAAGUUUGUUAUAAAUCAGCUGAACGAAAAAGUGCUUUUCCACAAUUUCGUUUGCAAUCACAUCAACCAUUUCCACAAUUAUGUCAAAAUAUCGCUAAUGAUUGGAUCAAUAAUAGAAAUUAUCGACAUGCGGAUAAACAAAUCAUCUUAUCAUUUAUUUUAAAAACAAAUUCAUCAGUUGAGAAUUUGAAUAAUAAAUUUUCAGAUAAUGAUAUUCAAUUAUUUCUCAUUAUUCGUGGUUUAUUAUCAUCAGAAGUUUUAUUAAUUGCUUUUAAGAAACGAUAUCGAGUUAAUUAUGGUGUUAAUCCAAAUAUUUAUUUUAAUCGUUUAAUGGCUGUACCAUUUCGUGCAAAAGAUAUUGUAGCUGAUAGAACUGAAUUUGGCCAUCCUGAUGUUGCUUUAGUAUUAACACAUCUUUCCUAUUAUUAUUCUGGUUUAAAUGAUGAACAAUUAACUCAAUGUUUCAAUCGUUUAAUUGCAGAAGAAACUGAUCCUGCAUCGAUUUAUGAUCAAUGGAUUUUAUAUGAAAAAGACGAUGAUAUACCGACUAAUAUCAAACAAUGGAAAGGAGUUAAUUUAAUAGAUUAUCAACAAAGAACUCAGUAUAUUUUCACAACUUUUCGAUAUAAUAUUUUAGUUAUUAAUUAUUUUCUAAAUUAUUUUGUAUUUCCUCGAGAAGCAAAACAAUUUCCACAUAAAUUAAUUUCAUCUGCCUGGGAUUUAUCUUCAUCUGUACGAUCGAAAAUAAUAACUGGAUUUAGUGGAACUAAUGAUACACAAUUAUUACUUCCUAUUCAUAUUCUUCAAUAUGAUUUGUCUGAACUUCAGAAAACUGAUGCAAUCGUUGUAAAUAAUUUAUUACAAGCUGAAAAUGAAAAUUAUCAAUUUUUACCAAUCAAUGCGACUUCGAAUGAAAUUUUAAAUCAAAUUGUUAAGCAUAAAGAAAGGAUCAAUGUCAUUUUAGAUGUUGGAGCAUUGUUCAUUGAUGGAAAUAAUCAGGAUAUUGCUAUUAAAUGGUUGCAUUUAUCCGAUAAAAAUAAAAUUGAUUAUGCAGUUUAUUUUGAUUCAGACUCAAUUAUUGUUUGUGAUCGUCAAUUUCAUCAUCAUCGAUUUGAAAUAUCUCCUGCGAGUGAACGAUUAGAUCGUUGUGUUUUUUAUUUAGAUGAGAUUCAUACAAGAGGGACUGAUUUUAAAUUUCCGAAGGGAUUUCGAGCUGCAUUAACAUUGGGAAAUGGUUUAACAAAAGAUCGUUUUGUUCAAGCAGCAAUGAGAAUGAGAAAAUUAGGAAAUGGUCAUUCAUUAACAUUUUGGAGUUCAUAUGAAGUUCAUCAACAAAUUACACAAUUGAAAAAAAAUUCAUCUCAAGAAAAUAUCAAUAAUUUCAUUACCUUAAUCGAUAUUCUUCGUUGGGUAUAUGAGAAUACAGUACAUUCGACUUGGAAUGGAUUACAUCAUUGGGCUGCACAAAGUUUAAGUUUCCAACGAAAAGUUGCAGCAUUUCGAAACAUUCUAUGGACUGAUCACCAUCAAUUGUUUACUGAUACAAUGAUGGAAGAAUUAGCUAGAGAAUGUUUAGAACCUGAAAUAAUUGGAUUAAUACGCAUGUAUGGUGCACCUAAAGUACUACAAACACUUUUCGAGAUUCAUUCUGCUCGAUAUGAACUGAACAAUGAUUAUCUAUCAAGAGAAAUUCAAGAGAACGUAUUAAAACGAUUGAAAGAUUAUGGAGGAACAAAACAACGUCUGUCACAAUUGUUAGAUGAAGAACAACAACGAGAAUUAGAACAAGAAUUAGAAGAAGAAAGACAAUUGGCACGUCCUCCACCUGUCAAACCAUGUCAACCAAUUUUACACGAACGAAUUAAAAGAUUGUGUGAUACACAUUCUAAUAUGAUGAACUUACUUCAAUUUCCUUUAGUAUUUCAUCCUUUAGUAUAUGCUUUCAAUGAUACUACAUUUUACAGUGAAUGUCAACCAAACAGUUGGCAUCACAAUUUUUGGGUUUCGACUGAAUUUCAACGUGUCAUUGCGACCAAAGGUGAAUCACGAAAUCCAUUUCUACGACCUCCACGAUGGAUUGUCGUGUACCGAAAUCAACAUAUUAUAUUUAUUAGCGCUUUUGAGGCUAAUUGGUUGAUUGGUCGCUUGCGUUCCAACAGUUCACCAAUCACCACAUUACGCCUACUGCUACCUCGAGUGAAGAGAGUUCAAUCAAUUUUUGCCAAUACUCCAACUCUGACGAUUCCUCCAUCAAUUAGACUUUCAAAUAAUGUUGCUCCUUUCAUUAUAUCAUUCGAAUGGUUAGCUCAAUUAUUUAUAUUUAAUGGCACUCUUUAUUUUGAAACUGUUGAUGAGCAAACAGCUUAUUGUCAAUGUUUAGGCUUAUGUCCUAAACCUCGAACAACUGUGAAAAAAGAAGCCUUUGAAAAAGGUUGGAUUGGUGUCGAUGGAUUUGUGAGCAACCCAGUUCAUCGUCACCAUUUGCAAAUUAAUCAAGCUCGAUUUGCUUUCAAUCCAUUAACAUUUGUCAAACAAAUUAUUGAAAAUCGAACUAAUUCGCAUGCACCGAUAUCAUCACAUGUUGGAAGUAUUAUUUUUAAUUCAUUCAAGCUUAUUUAA